CACUCAACAGUUGUGUCUGCUGAACGCGGCCAUUGGCCUCACUCUCACAUCAGAUGAGAUCGCAGCGUACGAAUUCGUCGGUUACGUCACGAGUAGGAGCAGGUAUCGUCGCAUGGAAGCGGUUUGUAUCAGAAAGGAGAACCAGAUCUAUUCUGUCGACAAGAAGCAUGCCUUGGCAAUGUUCAGCAAGGAAGAACGGCAGAAGAGAGAAAAUCUUUUAUUAGGAUUAUUUAGAGAGAUGAUUAAUCACAAGAAAAUGGCGCAGGAGAAGAAUUGCUAACUUUAUCGUGUGUAACGUUGAUACAGUUUCUUGUGUCAUUGUGUGUGCUUGUGUAUAUACAUAUUGUAUAAACUUAAGAUUUCACUAGGUGUACGAAGAUGAUGUGUAUAGAAAAUAUCAAUGUACAUUUGGAUAAA